AUGGCUGUGGGCUUGCGCCUGGUCCACUUUCCUGUGUGUCUCGCCUGGUUCGAAGCCAUCAUGGGGAUCAUCAAGUCAGGCAAGGUCGUUGUCCUGCUGGCCGGGCGCUACGCUGGCCGCAAGGCUAUCGUGGUAAAGCCUUUCGACGAGGGCUCCGAGAACCGCAAGUUCGGCCACGCCAUCGUGGCUGGCAUCGACCGCUACCCUCGCAGGGUGACGAAGGCGAUGAGCAAGGACAAGAUCAAGAAGCGCACGAAGCUGAAGCCGUUCGUCAAAUACGUCAACGUCAACCACAUCAUGCCCACCCGGUACCAGGUGGACAUCGACCUCAAGAAGGUCGUGGAUGAGUCUGCCAUCAAGGCCUCCCCCACGGACGUUCGCAAGGCGGUGAGGAAGAUCUUCGAGGAGCGGUACCUGAACCAGAAGGACGUCAAGUCCGAGAAGAAGGCCACCGGCGUCAAGUACUUCUUCGAGAAGCUCCGCUUCUGAGAAAAAGUUUCGAGGAAAUUUCUCUCAUUUGGGGCGAAGCGAAGGUUUUGGGAUGCUUUGUUGGUGCCAAGUGUUUGCGUCGCUUUUGUGAGAGGAUUCUUCGUGUAGAAACUUGUCGUCAAAACUUGAAAACCGCGGGGUUUGACAAAAGUGCUCGUCUUUGAUCUUCUGAGUCGCCGGCUAAGCGACAGCUUGACGUUUAAAGGAAUUUUAGGGAGAUGGCUCUGAGUUUGUGUAGGACGUGAGAGUGUUUUUCAGCGACCGACUUUGCUUUAAACUUUUCGCAGGAAGUUGUUGACGCUGUGCGCGCCGUACGAAGCGGAGCUGUUGCUUUGCGGCGUGCGGACUCUCGUGAAGCAGGGGAGGUCUUGUCGAGUUUUUGAGGUUUGAUGGACGAUAAAUGAAUCACGACACCAGGAAAAAAAUGUUUUGAUGGACGCCGGUGCACCGGAAAUCUCCCGGUCGUGCGAGCUUUAUCCAGGCUUGGCCAGGAUCACACGGGAAGCUUGUCGUGUCAGCUUCAUGCAAGCUCGACCAUCUUCACACGAGCAUCGAUAGGGAUUCCGAGGAUCCUUGGCGAUCACACUUCCGAAAGAACAAUAAUGCAAGCGGCACAACCCGUGAUUCGUCUGGUGAAUGAGGUCACACGGUAAAACAUGCCAUUAAUUUUGAGGUGUUGAGUCUGUGCAACACAACGAAACAAACGCAUUCACGGCAGGGACACACAUCAGCUUGGAUCGGUUGUAACCCAGGUCAGCUCCGUCGUAGACACACUCGUAUCUAACGCUUCCUUUCCUUCAUCUCUUUGUCGCGGGGACAAAUCCACCUUCCAAGUUCUUGGGCAAGAGCCCCAGAGACAGGUAAUCGCCAAACACAAAUAUUUUUGCACAGCGCGAGUAGCCUAGGACGACGGCAUCGCACCCUACCGCCAAUUCCCUGCGGGCGAUUUGGUGGCUCUCGCCAUCUUUCUACCAGAGCUAACAUGUCUCCGGCAUUUUCUUGAAACCGCCAAUGUAAUCCCACCUGGGAAGAUACUCCUUUUCUCUAAUAUCGUGCCGCCGAAACACAUUCCCGACGAGCACCAGGUCAUAUCGUCGUUCACCCCCCUCAUGGCCCCGACAUCAAAAGCCUGAGUGUGGCUGUGACCCCAACAUGCCGGUUUGCCAGCAAUGAGUACCCAUCAAGAGCUUUCGGCCCCUCGGUCACAAGCACGACCAAUCCCACCCCCCAUGGUUCACCAGUCGACCUGAACCGAGAGGAAGCACAGCAGUGUCUGCUGUAUACUUUUUAAUGUACGCACACCGCGCGGUAGGACGCCCGCCGAUCGCGAGGUGAGGUCGGCGACUCCUUAUGUCUACGCGUUCACGGCUGUAAGAGCAGCACUGGCACACACACCCGUAGCCUGCCCCAUGCCGCCCCCUCACGGGGUCCCAGUCAUUGCCAUUUACAAGCGUUUAGUGUUUUCAACCGCACUGAGACUGACGUCUUUUCGUUGGUCAGCCGAUUAGCGCGGCCGAUGCUAAAAAUAAAGACACACACACACACGCACGCGCGUUCGACGAAACACCAAGCCUCCGCAUUCCUGUGCGGGUGCUCACUAGCGAACCCAUGUUAAGUGUGUAUCGUCCAACGCUACGGAACUACCGGCUGGUGCGAGCCCUCUUGCUCGCAGACACCGGGGAAGCGGCGCUCGCAUCCCUCCCCCUCUUCUUGGCCGAGCCGGGGGAAGAAGACGAAAUCGCCGCCGCUGCCGCCCGUGCUCUUCUUCCUACAGGGGUACCACUACCCCCCUUGCGACUUGACGGACCCCCCUCACCCGAGGAACGGGGCGUUGCCGCCACCGCAUCUCCGGGCGACAACGGCAAGGUGCUCGCGAUUGCCGUUACAGACGGUGACGCCGCCUCCACCGCCGCCACCGAAGAAGAAGAAUGCCUCGCGGGCGACCGCCUGGAGGACGGCAUCGCGGCGGCGGGCUCGGGUGUCGGGGGCGCGUUCGAAACCGGCGGCUCUUCACCCGCCCCCACGCCUCCAGCUGCUACGGGCGCU